UGCCCAGCAGCGUUAGGAUGGUUGCAAUCUGGUGGCCCCUCCCCCGCUUUCUGUAAGAGCGCGUUAUUAGCGAAGGGUUCUAGUUGCCCUGAAUGAGCCCGGUAGUCUCAGGGAGGUGCAAGCCCUUUAAUUGUUUCAUGGGCAGCGCGAGAGCCUUGCAAGAGGGCCGCUACCCCUGGAAUGUUCUCUUGGCAGCAGCCUUUUCCCUUCAUCUGAUGGGCACUUAAAGAGUCACUGGCAGUAAAGGGCGAAGCGAGGCAGAAACAUCGUCCUCCCGCUCCCCAUGCACAGAGGUUUCAGUGCCUUAGAGAAAGGCAGAGAUCGGGGGAGAAGCAUCAAGGAUGGACGCUCAGGGCUAGCCGGCGAAAUAAUGAAAUGCACUUUUCUUUUUGGCCCCUCGCUUUUAAGGAGAGGUAUGGAAUCCAGACUAUAGCUGCACGACAACGCUACUGUUCUCUCGAGGGUUUUUGUUUAAAAAAAAAAAAAAAAAGAGGCUGUUUGCUUCCACCCAAUGAGCAAAGAAGAAAAAGUUGUGAAUCAUUUCUUCUCCGGGGAGGAGGAGCCGAGAAAGUCGGGAUGAAAUCUGCCAGAUGUUCGUACGUACGACUGAAGAAGGCAAUUCCUUGACGACUUAAAAACCACACCAAACACUGGAUUAUUUGGCUUGCAACCGACUUAAAUAAAGGCGGCUUGCCUAGAGAGGAGCGCGAGGACUCUUCCAGCGAGAGUUCGUGUGUGUGUGUGUGUGUGUGUGUGUGUGUGUUCCUCUCCCCGCCGUCCGUUCCCUCCUCCGGCCGUGUGGAUCCUCCCCCUUCUUGAGAAGUGGGGGAGGAGGAGGUGGAUGCCUGGUUUCCCCCUAAGGAACCGACCGAUUAUUACCAGGAAAGCUCGUUCUGGGAAGCCUAGAGGAUGCGCCUUGCGAAAGGCGAGAGCUGAUGGCGAGCCUGGACAGAGAGACUGGCGAGAGGAGGGCGACUGGCGGCGGGAGGCUGCGGACAGCGCCGUGGUGGGACAAGAAGCUGAUCGCCUCUGGUCCCUUCCAGCAGAAAUGCUGCAUCACGAACCCAUCACCCAUCUGGUUCUGCCCCUGAACCCGCCCGAAAACAGCACCCCUGGUGCCUACUAGAGGCAGCAGUGGAGGGAAGGCGGGAGCGAGGCGUGGACGAAGUUUUUUUGUGUGGUUUUUUUAAAGAGAGAGCCACCAGACCCCAUUUCCCCCCUCUGGCGGCGGCGGCGGCGGCUGCCCCCAUCUGCUUCCUUAGGACCCCAGGAGGCAGCUGUGUGCGCCUCGGCUGUAACCUUCGUGCCAGAACGGGAGAAUUCUUCAAAACGGGUGUCUGAGAGCGCAAAGGGGCAGGAAGGAAGGGGAGGGGGAGGAGGAGAGGGAGGCGGCCGCUGCUGCUGCUGUGUGGGGUUUUUUGGUGAGUGGUUUGCUUUUUUUCUUUUUUUCUUUUUGCUGAGCAUCUCACCCAACAACUACUCAACUUCUUGCCCAGCUGGAGUAGCAACCCGGCGCACGGCUGCGGAGAACUUCUUCUUCUUCUUCCCGGGAAGGGGCCCGCCGCACAGCCCUGCAGCCCAUCCGCGCGCCGGGGCGCUCUGCCUGCGCCUCUUCCCGGUGACCUCUCCCCGGCUGUCUAGACCAGGCUGAGACACACGUGUCGGCUUCUUUUCUUAAGCGAGCCCAUUUCGAACCCGAGGCGGGGCGAAGGAGCGGCCCCCACCCGCCCGGCAGCCAGGAUCGAUCUUCUCUCUUUUUUUUUUUACACCCCACCCGUCCCCGAAUCUCCCCCUUGGAUCUGCCGAGAGGGGCCGGCGGGAACACCUCGGACUCCGCUUCCGCUGGUCGCCCCCCGCGACCCGUCUCCCACCUCGCGGCUGGGGCUGCUGCUGCGACUGCCCUGCCAGCCUCCUCCCGGCUCCUCGGGCGGCCUUGCUCCGGCGUGGCAGGGCCGUGGUGUUGGGUGGCGCGGCGGCGUUGGGUGCCCCCCUCUUGCCGGGCCUUGCGGCGGCGCGUCCAUGCUGCUGCUGCGGAAGCUGCCCGGCUGGCCGCCCUCGGCGUUGGGGCUGCGGCUGCCGCAGAAGUUCCUCUUCCUGCUCUUCCUCUCGGGCCUGCUCACGCUCUGCUUCGGGGCCCUCUUCUUGCUGCCCGACUCCUCCCGCUUCAAGCGCCUCUUCUUGCCCCGCCGGGGAGCCGGAGCCGGAGAGCCCGAAGUGCCCCGCAGCCCCUCGCCGGACCCCGAGCGCCGCCAGGCCGCCCCCAGCCUGCCUGACGCUGCCGCGCCGCCUCGCCGCCUCAGGGACCCCAAACUCCCCCCCGCCCCGCCGGCGGUGGUCGCAGGAGCAGCCGCCGCCGCCGCUGUUUCCCCCAAACGGGAGCGCCACAGCCCACCACGCCGCCACCAGGGGCCGCCCGGGGAGGAGAAGGCAGCUGGUGCGGGCACCGGGGCGGCGGCGGCGGCAGCUCCGCUCAGGCAGACCCGCGCCCCGUUCCGCUUCGACUACGAUGCGUUCCGCCGCAGCCUUCGCCACCCGGUGCUGGGCAGGAGGAAAGGCGGCACCGAAGACCCCGAGAACCGCGCCCGGCGGCUGAAAAUCCAAGAGAUGAUGAAGUUUGCUUGGGAUAACUACAAGCAAUAUGCAUUGGGGAAAAAUGAACUGAGACCGCUCACAAAGAACGGACACAUCGGGAACAUGUUUGGAGGUCUCCGGGGAGCAACCGUGGUGGAUGCCUUAGAUACUCUGUAUGUCAUGGAGCUGAAGGAGGAAUUCGAAGAAGCCAGAGAUUGGGUGGAGAAGAGUUUUGACUUGAAUGUGAAUGGUGAAGCGUCCUUAUUUGAAGUGAACAUCCGCUACGUUGGAGGGCUGCUGGCUGCGUUCUACCUAACUGGCGAUGAGGUCUUCAAGAGUAAAGCUCUAGAACUUGGAGAGAAGCUUCUGCCGGCCUUUAACACACCAACGGGGAUCCCGCGAGGAGUCAUAAACCUGGGCAGUGGCAUGAGCUGGAGCUGGGGAUGGGCGUCUGCUGGAAGCAGCAUCUUAGCAGAAUUCGGAAGCCUCCACUUAGAAUUCCUGCACCUGUCUGAGCUGUCUGGAAAUCCAGUGUACACUGAAAAGGUGAUGAAUAUCCGGAAAGUCCUGAACAGGAUUGAGAAGCCGCAAGGACUUUAUCCGAACUUUUUAAGUCCGGUAACUGGGAACUGGGUGCAGCACCAUGUUUCCAUCGGAGGCCUUGGGGACAGUUUUUAUGAAUACCUGAUCAAAUCUUGGUUGAUGUCAGGCAAGACUGAUACGGAAGCUAAAAACAUGUAUGACAAUGCACUAGAGGCCAUAGAAAAAAACUUGGUGAAGAAGUCGGCCGGAGGACUCACCUACAUUGCAGAGUGGCGAGGGGGCAUCUUGGACCACAAGAUGGGCCAUUUGGCCUGUUUCUCGGGCGGCAUGAUUGCGCUUGGAGCAGAGCACGCGGUGGAGGAGCAGAAGCAGCACUACAUGGAUCUUGCUGCAGAAAUCACACACACCUGCCACGAGUCCUACGACCGCUCAGAUUCGAAGCUGGGCCCAGAAGCUUUUCGCUUUGAUUCCGGCUCCGAAGCCAUGGCCACCCGCUUCAGUGAUCGCUAUUACAUUCUGCGCCCUGAAGUCGUCGAGAGUUACCUGUACAUGUGGAGGCUGACUCAUGACCCCAAAUACAGGCAGUGGGGCUGGGAGGUUGUACAGGCACUUGAGCAAUAUUGCCGAGUAGAAGCUGGUUUCUCUGGGAUCCGUGAUGUUUAUUCCACCACCCCAAGUCAUGACAACAUGCAACAAAGUUUUUUCCUGGCAGAGACAUUAAAGUAUCUCUAUCUUCUGUUCUGUGAAGAUGAUGUGCUUUCCCUCGAGGACUGGGUGUUCAACACCGAAGCCCACCCACUGCCCGUGAACCGCACAGACUUUAUCACGAAGACCAGUGUGCAAUAGGAGCAUCUGCAGCAGGGUGUGGUGGGUUAUUGGCUUCCCCCCCUUUCCAAUGAAGGAAUGCGUGAUGUUCCUGGAAAGGUAUUUUGGGGGCAUUCGUCCAAUUCCGGACAGUAUUAUAUUGGGGAGUAUAAAAACUGUGAAACAAAGCACCUUUGAUUUUUUUUCCUCUAUGAGGAACAUUAUUAGCCUGGAAAUGAAAUGUUGAUUAUGGGCCAUUACUCACAAAAUCAUGGACAUACCUUUCUCUACGGAGAAUUUCUAUGGAAUCCACUGACUUCGUUUUCACAUGUCCAAAGGAUCAGGAGUUUGCCAUUUAAAAAGAUAUUGCUUUUUGCCACUCUUCUCGCCCUCCGCCCCCACCAGUCUCUCUCCUUUGAUUUUUAUCAUGUUUAUGAUUUAUGCUUUUCAAAAAAAUACAUCUUAUAAGUUCAAUGCCAUAACUGGACCAAAAAGUGUCUGUAAAAUCCCAAGCCCCAAAUACCUUUUAUAUCUCUCUUCCCCCCUCCCCCCCCACUCUUAAAAUGUUUACUGUCUAUCGCAUCAUGUGUCACUUCACUUUCUAAUGUUUGAAGUUUUUUUCUGGGAUUUUUGUUUCUCGUUUUUGUUUUAAAUUUUCAUUUGAAGAUAAAUAUUACAAGGCACUUGUAAUGAUUUCAUUUCUGUAAUACUCAGAGAUGUGAAAUAGAAUAAAAAUUCUUGUCUGAGAAGAA